AUGGCCAAGACUAAAUCAAAGAAUACCGUUGUCAAAUUGAUCUCAACGGCAGCUACUGGCUACUUUCGUCACAUUUCUGUGGUUAGAGGUGCACCACUGGUCAAUCAGGUAAGAUACGAUCCAGUUGCACAACGACACGUUCUGUUCAAGGAAAGCAAGAAGAGGAAAGUUGCUGAAAGGAAACCAUUGGACUUCUUAAGAACAUCUAAAUGA